AUGUCCGUGGUGGAGUGGGAUGGGAUCCGGAUCCGCGCCCGUGGUCGUACGCCGGUGCGGCGGCGCGUCUCCAGCCAGCCGCAGGCCAAGUUCCAGGACGCGGUCGACUUCGCCAAGAACCUCAUCACGGGCGAGAUGGCGCAGAAGCUGUUCAUGAUCACGCAGAAGAUGCAGAAGAAGCUGCACACGACGCGCGGCUCGGAGCCGAACGCGCUGUUCCCGCAGCUGACCGGCUCUCACCUGCUCAUGCAGAACCCGGCGCUCGAGUUCGUCAAGGCCAUCUGCAAGGUGCUGUCGCUGGACCAGCACGUGGAGGCGGAGGUGAGCAAGCUGCGCCGCGACCUGCUGAAGCUGAUCGGGGUCGGCGAGUUCGCCGCCGAAGCCGAGCUGGGUUGA